GAUGUUGGGCCUCCAAAGCCCACGUGGUCGAGAGGGUCGCCGUUGCCAUUCUCGAAUCUUCCCCGCCCUCUUCGUAGCAUAUUUACGGCCGCCGUUCUCCUCAUUCCCUGUCCGUCCUCGUCCCCUUUGUUAUUGUUCUUUCGUCGUCUUCAUCCUCCGAUCGAACAACGAUGUCGGCUUACUUCGGUGAUAAUGUUCCAUUCAUUUUAAUGGCUUCUACUUUUAGCACCAUGUCCACAAUAGGCUCUUUGGGUGUUGCUACUUGUCUUCAUGCCGACAAGACUUCUGUUGAAAAGUUCUCCAAGUUCUCUUCACUUGCUUCCAUAUCUUCUGGUUCAACAAGCAGCAGAAGGCAGAACUUGCUAAUGCAGAAGAGGUGCAAUUCUAGGAUCAGAGCUAUGGCAAAGAGUUGUACUUUAACAAGGAUGGCUCUGCCAUUAAGAAGCUACAGACUAUAUAAUGCAGUGGUUAUGAAAUUGUAAUGACUUGAGUCAUUUGGACUUUUGAGUGUAUGGCCACCCACUUCAAUCUGCUUUGGGUUAUUAUGAUGCUAUAUAAUUCCCUCAAGUUGUUCAUUGAGUUGAGAUAGAUCAGGAUGAAGCUGAGGGUGGUAUGUAGGAAACUAUAUGAUUAUGUUUGCUAUGAUCUAAAGGAAAUUGCUUUUCCUUCCUCUCUGCCUGAUCCCCCACGUAUCAAGAAACGAAGGAAACUCACAUGGAGAGAGUGAUGGUGUGUCUUGAAGGAAGCAUCAAGACUUUAUGCUGCUAGCUGGGUGCGGGAUAUUGGUCCCGAUCUUAGACCGAAUGACUAUAAAAAGGUCACAAAUGACGAUGGUGGAAGUCAUCAAGAUAAGACUACAUCUGAAAGAAGAGAACCAUCAACAUUGGAAGAUCUUGCAGUGGCAGCUCGAGGUGGAAUGGAGACAUUAAGGCCUGCUUUGCAGCGUGUGUAUAUGAUGCGUGCCUCAACAUACAGAGAUACACUAAAAAGCUUUAUUCAAGGGUACCAUGAAGGGAUAAAGCAAGUCAUGGAAGGGAAGAAAGGUGAAAAGUCUCAGGCGCAAGAGAACAAUGCAAAGAAGUCCAAUUGAUAUCUUGUCACCAAGAAAGUUUGUUAGGUAUUCACCGGCUGGUGCCCAGUCGAAAUUUUGUAAACAUCAUAUAGAUUAAUUCUUUUAAUUCUAUCGAUGAUAUUAUCUUUUUUA